AUGGUAGCAAAUUGUGAGUUGUUUGGUGUACCUUGGGGUGAGUUAGCGGAACUUUUUGGGCUGAACACGAUGAAAUCAUUGAUUUUCAGCGAUUUUCAGCAAUUCCAUGAGUUUCAGCACAAAAUUUGGGUCUAGAAACUUGUUUUUCUACAGUAACCUGGCUGAUGGAACUUUUGGCACAACAAUUUUUCUGAACUAUCUUUCUAGACCAAAAUUUGUGCUGAAAAUCGUGGAUUUGCUGAAAAUCGCUGAAAAUCAAUAAUAUCAUCGUUUUCAGCACAAAAUUUCAGCCUAGAAACUUGUUUUUUUACAGUAACCCGGCUGAUGGAAUUUGUGGCACAAUUUUCUUUAAAAUCUUUCUGGGCUCAAAUUUUGUGCUGAAAAUCAUGGAUUUGCCGAAAAUCAAUAUUUUCAUCGUUUUCAGCACAAAAUUUCAGCCUAGAAACUUGUUUUUUGCUACAGUAACCCAUCUGAUCCAGAAUUUUCGAUUUCUAGGCACAAUUUUCAAAAUUAUCUUUCUAGACCCAAAUUUUGUGCUGAAAAUUAUGGAAUCACUGAAAAUCGCUGAAAAUCAAUAAUUUCAUCGUUUUCAGCACAAAAUUUCAGUCUAGAAACUUUAUUUUUCUACAGUAACCUCGUUGAUCCAUUUUUUUGGAAUUUGUGGCACAAUUUUGUUCAAAAUCUUUCUGGGCCCAAAUUUUGUGCUGAAAAUCAUGAAAUCGCUGAAAAUCCCUAUUUUCAGCCAAUAGUUGGUCAAUUUUUGUGCUCGGCUUCACCACCGGAACACUUUUGCUAACUUGUAUGUACACAAUUAUCUUCAUGUGCUAUCGAUUUUCGGUGACCAAAUCGGACGAGUUCAAAAUACGUGUGAGUUUGAGUUGAAGGUCGCAGGUUCGACCCCCGGUACUCCCUAUUGAAAAUAUUUUUUUUCAGGACGAAGUUGCACUUCCUCCAAGAAUCAUUGGUAAACACGUCUAA